AUGCACUAUGUGGUACUAGAGCUGCAAGUUGUGCAUUUGCCAGAUACUCCGAAGGAUCAAUGUCGUAUUGCAAAUAUAGCAUAUCAAAUCGUGAACGCUGAAACAUUAGUAUGCCACUAUGAGACCAGUUCUUUACCCAACAUUGAAGUGAAUGGGGAGGCGAAAAGCUUGGAGAGCGCAAUGGUGCAAUUGGACAAAGAUAUCCAUGAUAUUAUUGGUAACGAUGAAUUUGUUCUCGUUUCUCUGCGUUCCACAUGGCAUAUUCGUGUCACCUUACCACGCCAAGCGAGAGAUGAUGGCUUCAUCCUGACUUCCUAUUUACAACAUCCGAAAGUGUUUGAUUUAUGGAAGGAAUUCGAUAGAUGGUGUGUCAACCAUCCGGAAAUUUUGGGACAAAAGAAAACCAUCUCGAAUAAUAAUUGUAAUGCUAAAGGUAAUAGCGCUAGUGUGGCCAAAAAUACGAAGGAUUUGGAUGAAAUGGUUAGGAUACUGGAAGUUUCAACCCCAAAUGAAGACGCUGGUUCUGUUCCACAGAAAUACUCUCUUUUAAAAAAGACCACGGAAAUACUAAUACAAUUACACAAAAAGUGUUCUUCCCCGGAAGAUAUGAAAUCUGUCUUAACACAGCCAUAUGACUCGCACACUGAUAUCAGAACGUUUUUACAAGAAAGAUCUAAGAUUUUGUACAUGAAUAAUUUACCGCCCGACACAACUCAAAGCGAGUUAGAAUCAUGGUUCACCCAAUAUGGGGUUAGACCUGUUGGGUUUUGGACUGUUAAAAACAUCGUAGAAGAUACAUCUAACGUUAAUAAUAACUGGAGUCUAAACAACAGUCCCUAUGUGGAAGAUCAAGAUAGUAUCUCGGGGUUUGUCGUCUUCCAAACACAUGAAGAAGCUACUGAAGUACUUGCAUUAAAUGGGAGAUCAAUACUGUCUAACCUGGCAAAUACUAAGCAACCAAGGGUGGUGGAACAUGUCCUUGAGCUUCAACCUUCAUCCACCGGAGUACUCGAUAAAGCACAAGAAAUUCUAUCACCUUUCCCCCAAAGUAAAAAUAAACCAAGACCAGGUGACUGGAAUUGCCCAUCUUGUGGUUUUUCAAAUUUUCAAAGGCGUACUGCUUGUUUUAGAUGUUCUUUUCCGGCCCCAUCGAAUAUUCAAAUGCAUGCUGUGAUCUCAAAUAAUAAUGCUAAUGGUAGUAGAAAUAACUUAAACAAUCGCGUGAACUCGGGUUCUUCGAACAACAUUAAUAACACUGCAUUAAAUCACCCCUAUAGUGCUCCUGAGUUCAAUAUGGUGGCUAACACCACGCCAACAGCAUUGACAUACAAUAGAACUCAUUUUCCUGCAAUUACGCCAUUGUCGCGACAAAAUUCAUUGAACUUGGCACCAUCGAACAGCGGAUCGCCCAUAAUUAUAGCAGAUCAUUUUUCGGGAAAUAACAAUAUGGUCCCAAAUUAUCGUUAUAAUAAUAAUAUUAACAAUAACAAUAACAAUAUUAAUAAUAUGACCAAUAAUAGAUAUAACAGUAAUAACAACAUCAACGGUAAUGGGAAUGGUAAUGGGAACAAUAUCAAUAAUAAUAACAAUCAUAAUAACAAUCAUCAUAACGGUAGUAAUAAUAAUAAUACUAAUACUAAUAAUAAUAAUAAUUGUAAUUCCAAUGUCGGUAUGGGAGGAUGUGGGUCUAACAUACCAUUUAGAGCAGGGGAUUGGAAAUGUUCUACGUGCACGUAUCAUAACUUUGCUAAAAACGUAGUAUGCUUACGCUGUGGUGGUCCAAAAUCAAUAAAUGCUGAUGCAAAUGAAACUAAUCAUUAUAUAGACGCAUCAACGAUUGGACCAGCGUCACGUGCCCCCAGUAAUAACAAUAUUUCUGUUAAUAAUAAUGGUGGCAACAAUACCGAUCGCACCGACGGGAACGAUAACAAAGGCCGUGAUAUUAGUUUGAUGGAAUUUAUGUCACCACCGUUGUCGAUGGUAAAGUCAACGAAGGAGGGAGAUGGGAAUGGUAGCUCGUUUAACGAGCUAAAAAGCGACAAAACUAACGUUAAUUUUUCCAAUGAUGGUAAUAGUAGCGCUUUCGGUAAUGGUUUUAAUAGUUCGGUACGUUGGUAG